CCGACCCCGCCAGGGGGCAGCCGCCGCGCCCAGCCCCGCGUCCUGCUGGGGCCCGUUCCCCGCCUGCAUCCCGCGCGGGAGUCCGCGGCCCCGGUCCGGAGCCUCGGGGGCGUGCGGGCGCCCAGUUCCCCUGGGCCUCAGUCGGGGUCAGGCGCCGCGGCACCUGGGAGCCUCCGGGCCUGAGGCCGCCAGCGAAGCGCUGCGCCCGCUCCGGGCCGUGCCCCUGGCUUGGUUCCCCCGGCGGCUUUGUGCUCGGCGUGGGAGGCGGUGGCCGCUGUGUGUGGGCUGCCAGUCAUCGGAGCAGGGCUCUGCAUGUCCUAGAGACAGGAGCGGUGUGAACGGGGCUGGGCCAGACACAUGCCCACCCUCGAUUCCGUGUGCACCUGCCAAAUAGGCUCCCCUGUGGAGUUCAGUCCUGUGCGCCUUUAAUAGGCACAGUACCGUGAGGGAGCCCUCCCCGGUAAAAGCCUAUUAAAUUGGGACUUCAAGUCAAAGCUGGAUCACAACUCCUGCGAUGGAGUGCAUUGAUUCAACUGGUGAGAAGACUGCAGUGCCUUACGGGAGGUGUUAUAGGUGUGAGAGAGGGAGCCGGGCCCCUGCAAGAGAGUGAAGCAUCUGAACUACAGGAGGCAUUGCAACAGCACAGAUUGUUGAUAUUGUUGUUGGAAAAGAUGAGAAGGGCAGAAAGAUUCCAGAAUAUCUGAUCCAUUUUAAUGGUUGGAACAGAAGCUGGGAUAGAUGGGCAGCUGAAGAUCAUGUUCUUCGUGAUACAGACGAAAACCGCAGAUUACAACGUAAAUUGGCAAGAAAAGCUGUAGCUCGCAUGAGAAGAAAGGGAAGGAAGAAGAGAUGUUGUCGAUUGCCUGGUGUUGACUCUGUGUUAAAAAGCCUUCCUGCUGAGGAAAAUGAUGAGAGUAGUGAAAAUUCUAUAAGUAGUUCUUCUGAUGACAGUGAUGAAGGAACAGAUGAAGAAAUAAAAAGUGAAGAAAGUGACAUUGAAGAGAGGACAGACAUGAAAGAAGAACAAGAGAUUCACACUAAAAGGGAUAUGGAAGAAAGAGCAAUAAGCAUAGAAAUUCCUGAAGUUUUGAAAAAAAAGCUUGAAGAAGACUGUUAUUAUAUUAACAGGAGAAAACGGCUAGUGAAACUGCCUUGUCAGAGAAAUAUAAUAACUAUCUUGGAGUCGUAUGUGAAGCAUUUUGCCAUAAAUGCAGCAUUUUCAGCUAAUGAAAGAUCUCGGCACCAUCAAAUGACUUCACAUGUCAACAUGAACCUUCAUUACGUCCCACCAGAAAAGAAUGUUGAGUUGUGUAAAGAAAUGGUGGAUGGACUGAGGAUAACCUUUGACUUCAUUCUUCCAUUGAUCUUGCUCUAUCCCUAUGAGCAAGCACAGUUUAAGAAGGUGACUUCAUCCAAAUUCUUUCUUCCAAUCAAAGAAAAUACAGCAAACACUAACAGAAAUCAGGAGGAGCUAUCCCCGAGUCCACCUCUGCUGAAUCCACCAACUCCUCAAUCCACAGACAGUCAGCCUACAACAGGAGAGCCAGCAACACCCAAGAGGCGAAAAGCUGAGCCUGAAAUGCUACAGUCUCUGAGGCGUUCUACACGUCAUACAUCGAACUGUGACAGGUUGUCAGAAAGUAGUGCAUCUCCACAACCUAAACGGCGGCAUCUCGAUACGCCUGCUUCAAUGCCAAAACUGUUUUUGCAUCUGGAAAAGAAAACGCCGGUCCAUAGUGGGUCGUCGUCACCUAUCACUCUGACCCCUAGCAAAGAAGGGAGUGCAGUAUUUGCUGGCUUUGAAGGUAGAAGAAAUAACGAAUUGAAUGAGGUGUUGUCUUGGAAACUGAUGCCAGAGAACUAUCCCCAAAGCGAUCAGCCACCUCCUCCUUCUUACAUCUAUGGAUCUCAGCAUUUGCUACGGAUGUUUGUUAAACUUCCAGAGAUACUGGGGAAGAUGUGCUUUCCUGACAAAAAUCUAAAAGUUUUGGUAAAACAUUUUGAACUGUUCUUGAGGUUUCUAGCAGAAUACCAUGAUGACUUCUUCCCAGAGUCUGCUUAUGUAGCUGCAUGUGAAGCUUACUACAGCACCAAGAAUCCUCGGGCAAUCUACUGAAGCUUUUAGUGAACAAUAAAUCCUACUGUACGUAGCCCAUGGUUAUUGCUGCUUUGCCACAUAGCUACGAGAUGAAGAUGAAAGGGAAUUUGAAUGGCCUUUUUCAGAUAGGAAGAAAGGAGUCGCUUCUAUGACUACUGGAUUCGUUAGCAGAGAUGGACCACGUCUUGUUUCAGAGCCGUGCAAAGAUUACAUUCUGAAUUGCUCCAAGUGUUGCAUGUAAGCUGCACUGCUAGAAGAAGCCCUGCACUGAUUUCUAAUGCAUAGGACUGCAUAUAGUUCUUAUUAAGAAGGGUGGGGGGGAAAGCAGGUGCAUUAGCAGUGGGACGUUUUCAUGAAAACAAAUACCACAUGCUGUCUUUCAUUUUAACGUGAACUGUUUUCAGCAUGAAAAGUAGAACUGGCUUCACUCUCGUGUAAGGAGAAUGCAUAACUGGCAUCCAGUGGAUUUCGUUUCACACACAGAACCCAUACUUCAUUUUGUGCAACGGUCACGGCAGGAAAGAGUGCUGUAUAUAGAGGAGGAAUUGCAUAGCUAUUUUAUUGUCCUGGUCUCUGAGUCAAGGAAGUAGUUUUCUGUGGCUUAAGUGAAAAAUGUUGCUUGCUUUUUCUUUUAAAAAGGUAUCUGUUUCUUACCCAUAGUAGGUUGCCACUGUUACGAGUGCAGACCUCACCCGUGAUUCGUCUUAUCCAUGUCUGAAUGAUUCCUAAAGGCAUCAAAGAACAGGAUGUUCUAACAGGUUCUCACAGAGGAAGCAUAGAGUGAAUAAAGUGACAGCAAUUACUUUUGACAAACUUUUUUCUUAAUAAAGAAACUGGUUGGUAAUUGAAGGUGUGAUAUUUGGGUGGAUGAUCUCAAAAAUGGAGUUUUGUUUGGGUUUUCAUAGUAUAUUUUCACUAAAUAUUAUUAUGUAGAGAAUGAGGGGUGGACUGUAAAAAUGGCACCUUUUUAUUGUACAAUUCUGCUGUCUGUCAUUUAAACCAGAGGCACAUCUUAGAUUUAUACUGACAAAUUUUACUCUCUUUAGCACUGCAAAACUCAUGUAGCUGUGUGAGAAUGAGCUGGAUUCUGUUAUCCCUCUGACAAUACAUAUUUGGGCAGAAUUAACUAAACCAAUUCUGUUUAUCUUGGGUACUUCCGUUACUGUGAGUGCCUACAAUCAUUAACGUAUUUAUCCUUACAACACCCCUGUGAGGUAGAGAAGUGCUGUUAUCCCCAUCUUGGAGAUGGGGAAUCUGAAGCACAGAGAGGCAAGUGACUUGCCCCAAAACACAAGAAACCUGAGCACAAAAUUGACCCAAGGUCUCCCAAGUCCUGGGCUAGUGCACCAAUCACUGGUCAGUCCUUAUUCCCUUGAAGUACCUCAAUUACAGAACGAUUGCCUGUGAUUCUGGAGCCAAAAAGAACCCACUUGAACUUGCAGGUCUUGGAGUAAGUAAAACCAUCUCUUUACAUGUAAAUCACAAAUAUAUUCUGUAAGGAGUAACCCAGAUCUGAAGAAAGAGCUUGGUGUAAGCUUGAAAGCUUCUUUCUCACCCCAACAGAAGUUGGGCCAAUUAAAGAUAUUACCUCACCCUUACUCACAUAUUACAACUUGUGUGUCCAAUUACUCACAUAUUACAACUUGUGUGUCCAAUAUCCUGGGACGAACACAGCUACAACAGCACUGCAUUACCAAUUAAUGUCACUUGUCAAGAGUGGAAUGGCAUGUAAAGCCUUUGAACUGAAAAGCUAGAGAUGACUUUGGUUUUAGUGAAUGAGACUCUGCAAAAGAAAAACUUCUACAUAGACUUAACGUCAGCAUAGCUACACUCAUUUUGGAUCCAUACCAAAAUGAGAUUUGGAGACCCUUAUUUCUAAAGGUUCAUUUAGUGGUGCUAUUUUUUAAUUGUAUUCCUGUACUACCAAGUUUCCCAGGCUAUAGUCUCCAUUCCAAAACUGUAGAGAUUCUGAAUCUGUAGUACAAGCUCACAAUCCUCUUUAAUAUGGGACACUCCUGUCAUAAACUUGAUACAGCAGGUAAAAAAUACCAUUCAAAUAUUAAUGUCUAACAAGAUAUUAAGCUUAGAAUAUUGCUGAAACUCCAUCCUUAAUCCUUUCCAUUGUGGCAGAGUAUUGCAGUGCAUAUGAUAGGUCAAAUCUUUUUUCCCUAUCAAUGCCUAAGAAUAAGAGGGCAGAUCGAGAGUAGAAUUUAAAUCUUAUUGCAUGGUUAUGUUUUAACUGUAACAGUGACAUUUUGUGCAUGCCAUAAUUAUUUAUUAAUGUCUGUAUUCAGUUAUCUCAGUGAUUUGAGAAGCAGCAUAGGUAGUAUCUGCAUGCAUUGUGCCUGGUUCAAACCAGUUGUAUGAGCAACUCAUUUUCAUGAGUAGCCACUUCUUUUGCAUCCUAUAAAUCUGCUGCAACAUGUGA